CCACCCCCCAGAAAUUAAAGAUUCAAUUGCUUAUUUAAAUACUAAUUUUCUCCUCCUUUUAUAAAACCCCCCCAAAAAAAUUUCCUUCUUCAUUCUCCCUUUUUUCUCUAUGUUUUGGUAAACCACUUUAGGUAACCAGAUUGCUACUACUAGUACUACUGCUACUACAUAUACAAAGAUGCUAUCAUAAAAAGAGAGAAACUUGGGAAGUGGGAACACAUUCAAAAUCCUUGUUUUUUUGUUUGUGGUCUAGUAUUCAUCUCCAAACACACCCAUUGAGUAUUUUUCAUUUUUUUUGUUCUUUUGGGGCAAUAAAGGUGGGUGUUUUUGGCAUUGAUUGAGACAGAGGCUCCAAAUGAAGAGGUCUCCAGCAUCUUCUUGUUCAUCAUCCACUUCCUCUGUUGGGUUUGAAGUUCAUCAUCCCAUUGAAAAAAGAAGGCCUAAGCAUCCAAGGAGGAAUAAUUUGAAGUCACAAAAAUGCAAGCAGAACCAAACCACCACUGGUGGCAGAAGAAGCUCUAUCUAUAGAGGAGUUACAAGGCAUAGGUGGACAGGGAGGUUUGAAGCUCACCUAUGGGAUAAGAGCUCUUGGAACAACAUUCAGAGCAAGAAGGGUAAACAAGUUUAUUUGGGGGCAUAUGAUACUGAAGAAUCUGCAGCACGUACCUAUGACCUUGCAGCCCUUAAGUACUGGGGAAAAGAUGCCACCCUGAAUUUCCCGAUAGAAACUUAUACCAAGGACCUCGAGGAAAUGGACAAGGUUUCAAGAGAAGAAUAUUUAGCUUCUUUGCGGCGCCAAAGCAGUGGCUUUUCUAGAGGCAUCUCUAAGUACCGUGGGGUUGCUAGGCAUCAUCAUAAUGGUCGCUGGGAAGCUCGCAUUGGAAGAGUAUGUGGAAACAAGUACCUCUACUUGGGAACAUAUAAAACUCAAGAGGAGGCAGCAGUGGCAUAUGACAUGGCAGCAAUUGAGUACCGUGGAGUCAAUGCAGUGACCAAUUUUGACAUAAGCAACUACAUGGACAAAAUAAAGAAGAAAAAUGACCAAACCCUACAACAACAACAAACAGAAGUACAAACAGAAACAGUUCCUAACUCCUCUGACUCUGAAGAAGCAGAAGUAGAACAACAACACACAACAACAAUAACUACACCACCCCCAUCUGAAAAUCUGCACAUGCUACCACAGGAACACCAAGUUCAAUACACCCACCAUGUCUCUCCAAGGGAUGAAGAAUCAUCAUCACUGGUCACAAUUAUGGAGCAUGUGCUUGAACAGGAUCUGCCAUGGAGCUUCAUGUACACUGGCUUGUCUCAGUUUCAAGAUCCAAACUUGGCUUUCAGCAAAGGUGAUGAUGACUUGGCAGGCAUGUUUGAUGGUGCAGGGUUUGAGGAAGACAUUGAUUUUCUGUUCAGCACACAACCUGGUGAUCAUGAGACUGAGAGUGAUGUCAACAACAUGAGUGCAGUUUUGGAUAGUGUUGAGUGUGGAGACACAAAUGGGGCUGGUGGAAGAAGCAUGGUGUAUCAUCAUGUGGAUAAUAAUAAUAAGCAGAAGAAGAUGAUGCUUUCAUUUGCUUCUUCUUCUUCACCAUCAUCUACAACAACUACAGUUUCUUGUGACUAUGCUCUAGAUCUAUGAUCUCUUCAGAAGGGUGUUGGAUGAGCUUACAUGGAAUGGAACCUUGUGUAGAUUAUUGGGUUUAAUGUAUGUUGUUGGGAUUUGUUGUGAUAGGUAGGUGGAUGGGUGUGAACAUUGGGUGACUUGUGAACGUGUUCAUUGGUUUUAGGAUUUUCCUUUCAUCCAUACUCCCUUAUCUUUCAUUUUAGACUUGGAUUUUAGUAUAAAGGAGCAAAAAUAAAAAAUGUGAUUUGGGUGCAACAUAGUUCCUUUAUUUAUUUAUUUUUGGGUAAGAAGAUGGAGAGAGGGGAAAUUGAACUAUUCCUAUUCUUAGGGGAUAAUGCAAAUGCAGCAUACAUUAAGAUGAUAAGUUCAGACUUUUUAUAGCAUUGGGGAUGCAAACUGCAAAGGCAAGUUUUCCUUUGUUU